AUGGAGGGUCAGUCACCUGUACCCCAGGUGGAGGAGGCCCGGUUAGCUGUAGCCCAGGUGGUGGAGGCCCGGGUAGCUGUAGCCCAGGUAGUGGAGGCCCAGGUGGUGGAGGCCCGGGAAGAUGUAGCCCAGGUGGUGGAGGCCCGAGUAGUUGGAGCCCAGGUGGUGGAGGCCCGAAUAGCUGUAGCCCAGGUGGUGGAGGCCCGAAUAGCUGUAGCCCAGGUGGUGGAGGCCCGGGUAGCUGUAGCCCAGGUGGUGGAGGCCCAGGUAGCUGUAGCCCAGGUGGUGGAGGCCCAGGUAGCUGUAGCCCAGGUGGUGGAGGCCCGAAUAGCUGUAGCCCAGGUGGUGGAGGCCCGGGUAGCUGUAGCCCAGGUGGUGGAGGCCCAGGUAGCUGUAGCCCAGGUGGUGGAGGCCCAGGUAGCUGUAGCCCAGGUGGUGGAGGCCCGAAUAGCUGUAGCCCAGGUGGUGGAGGCCUGGUUAGCUGUAGCCCAGGCAACUGAGGCCUGGACCAGGAUUUAUUUCAAUGUCACCAGCCAAAAGUAG